AGACGUCACAUGACACGCUUGACUUUAACUCGUCCCUGUCCAAUGGCAUCUCUUAACCAACCCCGAGCCCGUCCAGCGUUCGCCCUCUCCCUCUCUUGGUAACCAAUCUAUCCUCUCCCCACAAAACACAAACCGAGGCAGGGAGGAAGCUGUAUAGCCUACGACCUGGAGAGAUAGAGAGAGCGCUACCGGAGAGGAGACGGAUCUCUGAACCCUCUAUCAAUUGUCUCUCUCCCCACCCCACUCUUCGGGUCUGGAUCGAUAUUCCCGUCGGGGGAUCGGUUGGAGUUGAAGGCACUGAAAACCGAUACUUGUCGACCUUUCCUGGAUAUAAGAACGUGCGCGAGGAGGAACCGGCGGUGAACCAGUGUACCCUUGUCUACCCUUUCUCGGCCCGCGCUCUACCCGAUAAAUCCACUUGUUACAGCGCGCUUUAAGAACCCACUUGGACCAGCCAGACGAGAUAAAUUGCGUGCUUGUAAGGAUGGUCUUAUGAAACUUUACCAACUAGGCUAUACCAAGUAGCACCAUUUAGCGACAUUACGUUAACUUUACAGUCCAGAUAGGCCAGGUGUUUACGGUAAGAAAUCUCAACGAAGAAAUCCGAGUAUUCAAAUCGCUAGUUCCGUCCUCAUGAUCUCGACAUUAUACAGCCGGAGAAGCUCUUGGCGGUUUACGUCACUGGUAACGAGUCUAGACAACCUCUGGUGAUUUUUAGUGACUUCGACAUAUCAGGAUAUACGAAUUCAGUUCUGCGGCUAAAUUAGUGACUCAAGGACAUAUGGUCUGUAGGCGCAGGGGAUUUAGUGCCAAAACAACACCGCCUCUCCAGAGCGCGUUCUCCCCGGGAGAGAUUGGACAGAGCGGUCAGAGUCUGAGGAAUGCGGGCACUGUUUCCCUGGAUCUCCACCUCACCUGCGGAGACUCCGCUGCACACACCAAAUUGAACGUUGACCGGGUGACGCAAGCGGUCAUGUUGAGGCAAAUCCUGCUGAAUUCCACCAACGCACCGGACUUCGACUUAGGGUUGGCCCAUCAGACGCACGCGUCUGGGUCCGUGAACGCAUCCAACGGCUCGGUGAGCAUGGCGGGCCUGCUCAGGCCCACGGAUAACAGGGGAGGACUGCGGGAGGGAGGAGAGCUGAACAAACCAGACCUGGCAACCUACGUGGUGAUCUGUCUGGUUCUGUUUCUGCUCGUGCUGCUCAUCGUCUUCUUCAUCAACUGUCAGCUGAGGACCUCCUUUUUCGCCUCCAUGCCCUACGAUAGGUCUCUCAGAGAGGCCCGGACAUCCUACAAGUAGAACCCGUUACCCCAUCGGGUGGUAACGUUUGUACCAGGACUGGGUAACUUGUGUUAUCGAAUGUAGUCAUGGAGGAAUUUAAGAUUUUUGCCAACUGCAUGGUCCAAACGCUGUGCGUAACCGUUAAGUGUUAAUUUGGCACAAUGAGAGAGGCCUAUUACGCACCAUGUUCCAAACUGGACUAAUGUCAUUAUGUGCAUAUAAAUGUUUGUUUGUGUAUAUACAACAUUUUGUAUAACUGCACUGUAAUGAAUUUGCGCUAUUAUGUAGGCCUGUUGUGUAAUUCUGCCGCUUAAAGAUUCAUUCCUUGUCCUGUGUAAAACCAUGAUUAAAUCUAUGAUAAAUAUAU